AUGACUUCUGUGCGGGCAAUGAGCCAUUACUCUCCAGUCAGAGAACAACUGAACGAGAGAAUGAAUAAUUUCAUGACAGAUACAAACAACCAGAGGAAGAACAGGGAAGGCUCUGGGCAGAGAGAGACUCGGGAAAACUUAAAUUCUCAAGUCCAGAAAUUACAGCUCGAGGCUGACAUUUACCAAGAAGGAGGUAAUAUCUCUGAUUACAUCUUUACACUUGAGAAGAUAUACCAAAAAAUAAAAAACGAAAGAGGGUUUAAUAAGCUUCAGUACGAGAUUGCAACUCAGCUACAGAAGUAUGGCUCUUAUGAGAAAUCCUUGCUAAUUUUACUAGCAUUGUAUGAGGUAACUUCAAACUCAGACUCCCAGACCAUGAAAGCAAGGGAUAUAGCCCAGUAUUCUGAUAAAGCUCUGGGAGAUAUAAAGCUAGGACAGACCAGCUUCCUCAUAACUCUCUGUAUUGAUAUUGGAAAUGGAUACUUUAGCAGUGGGGAGUUUGAGAAAGCAUUAGAGUAUUAUAGCCAAGCUCUCAAGGAUCUUCAGGCAAACGAUGAAUGCCAACUCUCUUGUGGGCAAUUAUAUCUCAACAAAGGUCUAUGAUGAUUGUAUCUACAAGACUAUUCAGUAGCUGAAAGAUACUUCAGAAAAGUGAUAAAAACACUUGUUGAAAGGAUGCAGGAUCCAAGAAAGGAUAAGCUCCUUGUAAUUUCAUAUAAGAAGAUUGCCUUUAUUCAGGAAAUGUGCAAUGAGCCUAAUAAGGCCCUAAUGUUUUAUGUCAAAGCCCUGAAGGUUGGGCUUAACGCAUAUCAGCCUGAUAAUCUCGAGAUCAUUGACUUGCAUUACCACAUUUGUAGGUGAUUUUUCAAACUUAACAAAUUGAAGGAGGGCAUCAAUAGACUAGAGAAAGUUAUUUAUAUGAUAAACUCAAGACAUGAGAGCUUUAAACAAGAGAGCCCUGUGUACCUCUCAAGAUUGGGAGAUUACUAUGCCCUACUAGGAAACUUAUACUUCACUCAGAGACAAUUUGAUUUUGCCCAAAGAUGAUUUGAGUCUUCUCUCAAGGUAUGGAAAGAGUUUGGAAUUCAAGAAGCCGAUCUUAAAUGUCAAAAGUCACUAGAAUUUUUAAAAAUCUGCAAUAGUUAUUUGAUGCAGGAUCCCAACAAGACUGAAUAAAUUUCUCAAUAAUUAAAAAAUA